AUGACCGAAAAGAUUUAUGCUGAGGUUUCAUCUCUCUCUCUCUCUCUCUCUCUCUCUCUAUCUAUCUAUCUAUCUAUCUAUCUAUCUAUCUAUCUCUCUCUAAAUAUUCUUUACCUUUACUUUCUUUCGUCCCUUUUUAAGCACUAUGUUUGUCAUUUUCCUAUCUGUUUGUCUAUCUAUUUAUCUAUCUAUCUAUCUAUCUAUAUCUAUCUAUUCAUAUCUAUCUAUCUAUCUAUCUAUCUAUUCUAUCUAUCUAUUCAUUCUAUAUCUAUUAUUCAUCUAUCUAUCUAUCUAUAUCCAUUCUUUCUCUCUCUAACUCUAUCAAUCUCAAUCUAUUCAUCUCUCUCUCUUUCUUUCUCUCUAUCUAUCUAUCUAUCUAUCUAUCUAUUUCUUUGCGUUUGUAUCUCUCUUCGGAUUUCCCUCCUUCUCUCAUGCCUACCUAUUCAUAUCUUUCUCUCAAUCUAUUCAUAUUUCUCUCUAUAUAUCUCUCACUUUUCCUUCGUCUCAGCCUGUUUAUAUUUUCUCUCUUUCCCUUCCCUCUUUCUAUCUCGUUCUCUCUCUUUCUUUCACUCUCAUUCUCUCUCACUCCUAACUAAUUAUAUUUCUUUUUUCUCUCUUUCGCUUUCCUUCUCUCUAUUACUUCUUCUCUGUUUUACAUAUUUACGUCCUUCCCUCUUUUUCUUUGUCUCGACAUUUUCCUAUUCUCUCUGCCUCGCUAUUUCACUCUGUUCCUAUUUCUCUCUAUCCCUUUUCUCUCUUUCUCUCUCUCUCUCUAUCUGUUUUUCUCUUGCUCUCCGUCUCAACCUGUUCAUAUUGCUCCUUCGUUCUCUCUCUCCUUUUUUUUUUCAUUCUCGCUGCCUCUCCUUCUCUUUCUCUGUCUCAGUCAUUCACAUUUCUCUCACACACACUCCUUCCCCAUCUCUUUCACUCUGUUCAUAUUUCUCUCACUCUCCCUGUCUUUCUCUUGCUUUCCGUCUCAACCUAUUCCUCUUUUCCUUUUCGUCUUCUCUCUUUUCCUCUUCCCCCUCUCUCUUUCUCUUUUUCUCUUCAUUCAUAUUUCAAUCACUCUCUUUCCCUUUCUCUUUCUAUCCUGAUCUCUUCAUAUUUUUCCCUCUCGUUCUCUGUCUUUGUUCCCCCCCAUCUCUCUCUCUCUCUCUCUCUUUAUCUCUCUCUCUCUCUCUCUCUACGUUCCUUUAUUCAUAUUUCUCUCUCUUCUUCUUCUUCGCUAUCUUUUUCUUUCUAUCCCAGUCUAUUCAUAUUUUUCCCUCGUUCGUUUUUUACUUCCUCUUCUUUUAUCUCUCUUUUCUCUCUCUCUCUCUCUCUCUCUCUGUCUCAUUCCAAAUUUCCUUCUCGCUCUUUCCCUUUUUCUUAUGCCUGCUAAACUCUCCCACUCUCUCUCUCUCUCUUAGUCGUUCAUAUUUCUCUCUUUUCUCCUCUCUCUCUCUCUCUCUCUCUCUCUUUUCUUUCUAUCCCAAUCUCUUUACACUUUCCCAUCUCGCACUCUCUCCCUGUUUUCCUUCUCUUUCUCUCACACUCACUCUCUCUUUCAAUCUUCUCUGUCCCAGUCAACAUUUAUUUCUCUCUCUCUCUCUCUCUCUCUCUCUCUCUCACUUUCUAUCCCAAUCUAUCUAUCUAUCUAUCUAUCUAUUCAUCUCACUCUCUCUCUCUCAAUCUCUCACCUUAUCUAUUUAUCUCAGUCUAUUCAUUUCUCUCUCUUUCACUCUCUCUCUUUCACCCUCUCUCUUUCUCUCUCUAUUUAUCUAUCUAUUCAUAUCUUCUUAUCAUUAUCUAUCUAUCUAUCUAUCUAUCUAUCUAUCUAUCUAUCUAUAUCUCUUUCUCUCUAACUCUAUCAAUCUCAAUCUAUUCAUCUCUCUCUCUCUCUUUCUUUCUAUCUCUCUAACUAUCUCAAUUGUCUUUCUCGUGAAAAUUUCCAACCUACCUGUAUACCUCCUCCGCCCUCGCCAAGUCAUACAUUAUCUUCUCCCUGCCCACCUCUCUACUUUGUGCCGUCUCCUCGCUUGUGCCCACCUACACACUUCACUCCUUUCCUUGUGUACAAAAGAGAGCGAGUCUUCGCGGGCCGUUACCAAGGAGGCUGCCUACAACGCGACUGCCAUCCUCAAUCUCUCACUCUCUAUCUAUCCCACUGCUCCUCUCCCUUCUCUUUUAGUCUCUCUCUCUCUAGGGAUGAUCUAUUCAUCUAUCUAUCUAUCUAUCUAUCUAUCUAUCUAUCUUAGUAUGUUCAUAUCUAUCUAUCUAUCUAUCUAUCUAUCUAUCUAUCUACUGCAAUGCCUCUCCCUUUCCCUUUUACUCUCUCGCUCUAUUUCUCUCUCACUUUAG